AUGAAGCUGCAACACUUUCUGUACAGUGUAUUCACAUUCAGUAAUAUUAUUCUACAUAAUAAGGUGAUAGAAGGCCGUACGAUAUCGCUGUCUGUCAAGGAAGAGCUACCUCAAAACACCAGUGUGGGCAGAGUGUCAUACCUUCCAGGUAACGACACCAUAGACAACGGCACAGUCCUCACAUACAACUUCCUUCCUCAGGGCUACCCUCACACCAGUCUCUUCACCAUUGACUCGAACUCAGGACAGCUAUUCACAUCAGCGGUUUUGGAUCGGGAAGAACUGUGCGGUUUCUUUCCCAAGUGCACGCUCAGUUUAGAAGUAGCUAUUCAGUCUACUCAGCAGCAGAUAUUUCAGAAGGUGAAGGUCAUUGUUGAUGUUCUGGAUAUCAACGACAACGCUCCAGUGUUUCCAUCAAAGAGCAUCGUCCUGAAUAUAGCAGAAUCCGUCUCCGUGAACAGCACGUUUGCGAUAGCAGGUGCCGUGGACAAAGAUGUCGGCAAGAAUUCUUUGCAGACUUACGACAUCAUCAGAGGCGAGGGAGUGUUCGACAUCAGCAUCAGAAAGAACCUAGAUGGCGGCAGCGUGGUCAGUCUGAUGGUCAUUGAGCCUCUGGACAGGGAGGUGAGAGAUUUCUUCAGAGUGUAUGUCAUGGCAAAAGAUGGCGGAAUCCCGAGGAAGUCCAGUCUGUUGAUGUUGAACAUCACCAUACUGGACGUGAACGACAACGCUCCCGUCUUCACGUCAAAUGUUUACAAGAUCAGCAUCAAGGAGGUGACGCCUCCGGGUAGCAUCGUCCUGCAAGUGACGGCAACUGACUGGGACAGCGAUAAGUUCUGGAGACCCAUAUACAGGUUCAGUGCGUUGCAGGCGGGCGAAUUUAGACGUUAUUUCGCCAUCAACAGUUCAACGGGCGAAAUAAAAGUUAUCUCCCCGCUGACACAAAUUCAAGCGAAAACGAUCAAAUUUGUUGUAGAAUGCGUCGAUGGAGGUCAGCCUCCAUUUGUCGCACAGACCAAAGUACAAAUCGACAUCUUGGACACCAUAAACAGUGCACCAACCAUUAAUCUGAACGUCCUUUCUGGAGGCAGGGUUUCUGAACUGGCUGAUGUUGGCACGGUUGUCGCCCAUGUUUCAGCAAUAGACCCUGAUUCUGGCAGAAACGGACUGGUGAAGUGUUUUAUCGAUAGCGACGUGUUUGAUGUACACGCGCUUGACGUCCACGACUACAAGAUAUCCACAGCUAGAAGUCUGGACAGAGAGGUCAGGGCGUGGUACAACAUCACGGUAUUGUGCGAGGACGCCGGCAGACCGACACUGACAAGCAGAAAGUACUUCACUGUUCAAGUGGAAGACGAAAACGACAAUACCCCGCGGUUCUCGCAAUAUGCAUACGAAGUGAAGAUGAUGGAAAACAACCCAGUCAACCACGUAUUGUUGCAGCUUACAGCAACGGAUCCUGAUGCUGGUAGCAACGGCAAUGUGAGUUAUUAUGUACCAGAGGGUACGAAAUAUGGCGUUUCUGUUUCAGACACUGGCGAAAUAAUCGCAGAAAGAUCAUUUGACAGAGAAGAGACUUCACAAUUAAGAUUUUUAGUAGUGGCAUCAGAUGAAGGGAGUCCACCAAACAGCGCCAAUGUGACGGUGAUCGUAAACAUCGAGGAUGUGAAUGAUUUCACGCCUACCUUUUCUCAAGACCGGUUUGUGUUUGCCCUGGAGGAAGAUCUGCCAGCAGGAGUUAAUCUUGGAACGAUCUUUCCUAUAGACAAGGACGAAGGCGUCAACAGAGAACUGGUCCUCAAUAUCGAGCUUCGUUUCUAUGAAUUUGAAAACUUUCCAUUUGUAAUAACUCCUGACGGCGACUUGCGGACGAACACUCUUUUGGACAGAGAAGUAAAGAGCGAAUACGUCUUUUCUGUAAUCGCCACGGAUAAAGGCGAUCCUCCUCUGUCUAGCAGCACCGAAGUUGUUGUUAAUAUCGUCGACGUGAACGACAACUCUCCAGUUAUUUUAGUACCAAACAAAACUAACUCGUCUGUCUUUAUUCCUGAUCACACUGAGCCAGGGACAGCAAUAACAUCUAUAAUUGCUGUGGACAACGAUACGGAUUCAAAUGGACAUCUGCAGUACUAUCUUUCACCUGAGUCCGACCAUGAUCUGUUCCACCUGGACCAAGAGUCGGGUAUAGUUUACUUAAAACGUCAUUUAGACGCAUCACACAAAGGGGUGUAUCCACUCUCCGUCAUGGUUAAAGACCAAGGCGUUCCGUUUAAAUGGGCCAAUGCCUCUCUAGAGAUUAACAUAGUCUCAGACAACCAGACCCUCCUGUCACAACGCCGGCAAGCGAGGGAAAACACAACUAUCGCCAUGAUCAUGGGCGUCAUCACGGGCGUGGUGGCAAUCUGUGUGAUAGUGACGAUAAUCUUUAUCAGGAGGUCCGACAGAGCCUGGAACGUGAAGACCUCUGAUGGAAGUGCCAAGGAAGACACGGAUAAGGGUGAAAAAGAUGCGCCAGACAACGCCGUUGGUGCUGUUGACACAGAAGCCGCCAAAGGUAACACUUCGUCGAGGAAGGAUCGAAGCCAGGUGUCGCAAGGGUGGCACUUCCUGCCAGGGGUAGCAGUAGACCCAACUACCGCUUCAGCUAGGUCGUCUCAAGCAAGUGUACGUAGUUUUGACGUCAUCAGCGGUGCUUUUGAGAUGAUUAGGAAAAGCUCGGCCGAUAGCUACUCUUCCGGUGCAAGCGGAAAUGACAGUGGGAAGGGCGGAAGUGACGAUGAAGCUUGCCACGAAGAAACGUCUUCGGAAAUAGAAAACAAUUUGCAAUGCGCUGACAAUGCGACAGACCAUCAUUCAUCUCGACCCAAUUUAGACCACCUGCCUCCCCACGUCCAGUCUAGUGACUACGUUCACCUCGAGUUCUCCGCCAACAUUGCUGACGUCACCACUCUUUCUAAUUACAGUUAUUACUAUCCCGGAUGGAACGAACAGGAAAUGACGUCAGAAGGAAGCGAGACACUACGUCGCACGAAGCGGGUCUCCUUUAGACUAGAACCCAAUUCAGAAUCAACCAGUGAUUCGAGUCACGUUCAGCAAACAGCAGAAGAUUGGAAUAACGAAUACCAAAAGAGUUACUAUGACAACAAAAUGGACGUUCGGCUACAAAAUCAGACAAAAAUCUGUCACGGCUUAAAGUGCGGAGAAGCUGUCAUAUUUGACCUUGACCUUCAGAAGUUAAAUGAUGUGAUAGUUUGA